GACAUCAGUGAGCAGCUGGAUGACAUAAUGAACAACGUGCAUCGGAUAAUAGCUCGCUAUUCUGUUGAUUUAAAUUUGUUCUCUGGAAAAAAUAUCUCCCUUAAAGAAUAUAGAAAAAAAAAGAAAGCCAGUGUUUUGGAAGACAUAGCUACUUAUGCUAAUGUGGCUGAAAUUAGAGAAAAGAUUCUUGCCUACACUCUGGCCUGGUUGGAAGAAUGGAAUGCCGUUUUGUCUGAAGCAACUGUAAUGGAUGUUGAUGAACACUACCACUGGAUAGCACAAAUGGAGAUGUUACCAGAUACGUUAAAAACUAUUGAGAGCAAUGUCAAGACACUGGUUCAAUUUGGUACGUCUUUCCUUGAAGAAAAGGAGAGACAAAAGAAAAAAACAUUAUCUAGAGGUACUCUAUGGAAACCUUGGAAAGAAAGAAUUACAAAACGACCUGCAACCGCCCAUGCUUUGAGACCAGAUCAGAUGAUUAGUGAUGAAUUUGCAACAAAUACAAAGGUUUCAGAAAUCCAAGAUAUGCUACAGGAACUCAUAGGCACUGCAAUGUUCAAUAGAUUGGAAAACAAUGUUAUUAAAUAUAUAUCAUCAACCAUAUUAAACCUUUCUAAAGCUUUGAGUACAGUAAAAGAGGAAUUAAAAAUACUUAACCUCCAAUGUACCAAUAUGUACACAGAUGAGACAAGUACAAAAGAAAAAGAGUUAUUCCUGAAGAUAAUACAAGAUUUCAGUGAAGAAAAUGAAAUGCUCCAGCAGAAACUUCAAGAUGCAGAAGAAAAAUAUGAACAACGUAUUCAAUCCAAAGUUGUUUCAGAACAAGCACUACCCACAUCAUCAGUCUUGAAAGAGUUAUCCGGACCUUCUCCACAGUUGCCAUUGGCCAUUAUGAAAGAUGGUGGUAUAGACAGUAUCUUAGCCAAAGAAUUUGAGAAUAUUACAGAGGAAGCCCAAAGGAAAGGGACCGGAGGCUCUGGGAUGAUGAAGGACUCAGCUGUUUCAUAUGCAGCCCAAGUUGAAAUGACGUCCGAUGUAACUAAACAGCAACACCCUUUACCUGAAAAUAAACAGAUGAGGCCUUCUGAAGAUACUUCUGAAGGGAUCGCUAUAGACAGCAUACCACUGAAGAAAGAUGAUGGCUCUCAGGGAGAUGACCAGUACCGAUCACAGAAAAGAAAGCGCAGAAAAAGUUCCUAUGUACGUAAAACUUUCGGAUCAAAUCUGCGUGAUAAUAAAGGUGAACAGAAAGUCACAGAGGCCAAAUCUAAUCAAUACUCUGAGCUACCAGCACUGGAAAAGAAAAUAAAUGGAAUGAAAUCCUUUUCUGAAGUCAAAUCAAGGUCCUCCGCUAAAUCAAAAAACCAACAUUUUCCCUCUACUGAACUAAAGAGCCAAGGUGGCAAAAGUGAAACAAGUAGUAUGUGGGAGCAACUCAGGAAGUUUAAGCAUGAACUUCUAUUUGACAAAAGCCCAGAGAGGAAAGAGGAGUCCGCCAUUGACCCAAGGGACAGAGAGAGCCAAAGAGAAAUGAGUGGUCAAAUGGAGCCACUCAGGAAGAUCCACUUAGGCACCUCUGAGCCACAGAGAGAGAAAAUAAAACAAAAGAAACAUCAAGCCUCUUCAAAAACGACCACAAACAAAGAAAAAACCCAAAAGAAGGAAAUGUUGGACAAAGAAGUCAAGUUUCAUAAACUUAAAUCACCUUCAAAGAUGGCUAAAGAGACUUCAGUAUCUACCAGAGCUCUAGAAAGUCCAGAGAUUAAAAGUGAACAGAAUAACCUAGAAGAAUUCCAGAAAGCCAUAAUGGCUUUCCUGAAACAGAAAAUCGACAACGUAGGAAAGCCUUUUGAUAAAAAGACUGGGCUGAAGGAAGAGGAGUCAUUAAAAAGAGCAGAAAUGGAAAAGUUAGGAGUCAUAAAGGCAAAAAUGGAGGAAUAUUUCCAAAAAGUGGCUGAAACUAUAACUAAAAUCUUGAGGAAAUACAAAGUUAUAAAAAAGGAAGGACAAUUUGGAAAGCAACCUAUGAAACACAAAAAGGUAGUUUCGUUUAUGCCAGGAUUGCAUUUCCAAAAGUCAUCAGUUCAUACAAAAUCUGAAAGUAGCGACUUCCUGUCACAGGAGAGCAUAGAUCCAGUAACUAAAAAUUUAGUGCAAAUGAUCCUGGCUGAAAUAGAAAGUGAAAGGGAUGUUCCAGCUGUCUCAAGAAUAGAGAAAGACCACAAGGAGAAAGAAAAGCAAAGAUCGGAGGAAUAUUUGCAAGAGGGUCAAGAAGAAAUGUCUGGCAGGAGUCUCAGACACCAAUUGCUAGAAGAAAGAAAUCUCUGGAAGGAGAGUUAUGAGAAGAUAAAUAUGAAUUUGGAGGAGAAAAUGUCAUGGCUCCAGCUGAAGACAGGAAAGCAAGGCCAGCAAAGGCAGCUACAGUGGCAGGAAGAAGAGGUGUGGAAGAAGCAGCAAAAACAGGAAAUUCCAAAGCAGAUUGAGCAUGAUAAGGAGCAAGACCAAAGGAGAAAGGAGGAAGAGCAAUGGAAACCAAAGCAGCAGUGGCUGGAGGCACGGAAGCAAACCAUGAGCAAGCAAAGGAUGCUCUUGGAAGAGGUGAAAGGAGAGAUGGUGACGCAGAGCCAGAAGGCCGAGAAACUUCAGGCGCUGAAAAAGGGAAGGGAGAAAGAGAUGGGAGAGUGGCUGAGCAAGACAAAGGAUCAGGGGAGGGAUAGGGAGGAAGACCUAAUGAAAAUGGUCACCCAAACUUCAAUGACAUUGUCUCCCAGGAGGAGGAAUAACCUGGAAGAUGGACUCGGGUUAUACCAAGGAAAAGAGUCUCACACGAAUCUGAAGACACCAGAGGAUAUUCCUGACAAAAAGAAACGCACACCCAGGACUCCUCCCACCUCUGAACAAUCCACCCCACCUGGGUCCUUUCCUAUUUCUGGACAGCCUCUAACAAAUUACAUCAGCCUCAUUCCCGAGCAGGCCCAGGACCUGGGGACCACUCUCAUCCCACAGCAGGCCCAGGAUCUGGGGAUCCCUCUAAUUCCUCAGCAGGCCCAGGCUGGGGAAAUCACUCUCACUCCUCAUCAGGCCAAGGACCUGGGAAUCACUCUUACUUCCCAGAAGGCCCAGGACCUGGGGAUCACUCUUAUCCCUCAGCAGGCCCAGGCUCGAGGAAUCACUCUCACUCCCCAGCAGGCCCAGGCCCUGGGGAUCAGUCUAACUCCCCAGCAGGCCCAGGCUCAGGGGAUCACUCUCACUCCCCAGCAGGCCCAGGCCCUGGGGAUCAGUCUAACUACCCAGCAGACCCAGGCUCAGGGGAUCACUCUCACUCCCCAGCAGGCCCAGGCCCUGGGGAUCAGUCUAACUCCCCAGCAGCUCCAGGCUCAGGGGAUCACUCUCACUCCCCAGCAGGUCCAGGACCUGGGAAUCACUCUUACUCCCCAGCAGGCCCGGGCUCAGGGGAUCACUCUCACUCCCCAGCAGGCCCAAGACCUGGGGAUCACUCUCACUCCCCAGCAGGCCCAAGACCUGGGGAUCACUCUCACUCCCCAGCAGGCCCAGGCCCUGGGGAUCAGUCUAACUCCCCAGCAGGCCCAGGCUCAGGGGAUCACUCUCACUCCCCAGCAGUCCCAAGACCUGGGGAUCACUCUCACUCCCCAGCAGGCCCAGGACCUGGGGAUCAGUCUAACUCCCCAGCAGGCCCAGGCUCAGGGGAUCACUCUCACUCCCCAGCAGGCCCAGGACCUGGGGAUCACUCUCACUCCCCAGCAGGCCCAGGACCUGGGGAUCACUCUCACUCCCCAGCAGGCCCAGGCCCUGGGGAUCAGUCUAACUCCCCAGCAGGCCCAGGCUCAGGGGAUCACUCUCACUCCCCAGCAGGCCCAGGCCCUGGGGAUCAGUCUAACUCCCCAGCAGCUCCAGGCUCAGGGGAUCACUCUCACUCCCCAGCAGGCCCAGGCCCUGGGGAUCAGUCUAACUCCCCAGCAGGUCCAGGAUCUGGGGAUCACUCUCACUCCCCAGCAGACCCAGGCUCAGGGGAUCACUCUCACUCCUCAGCAGGCCCAGGCCCUGGGGAUCAGUCUAACUCCCCAGCAGGCCCAGGCUCAGGGGAUCACUCUCACUCCCCAGCAGGCCCAGGACCUGGGGAUCACUCUCACUCCCCAGCAGGCCCAGGACCUGGGGAUCAGUCUAACUCCCCAGCAGGCCCAGGCUCAGUCCCUGGGGGUCCCUCUCAUCCCUGGACAGGCCCAGUCAUUGCAGAACCAACUUGUUCCAGAAUGGGCACAGGCAUUGAUGUUCACUCUUACUCCUAAGAAAGCCCAGACUUUGAGUAUCACACUUACUCAUGAACAAGCCCAGGCCGCAGGUAUUACCCUCAUCCCUGACCAGACACAGGCACUGGGGGUCCCUCUCACCCCUGACCAGGCCCAGGUAUUAGAGGUCCCUCUCACUGAAGAACAGGCCUGGAAGCUGGGGGCUCCUACCACUCCAGAAAAGGUUCAAGUAACACCAAACACUAUUACUCUUGACCAGUUCCAAGCAUUGGGGGUCACUUCCUCCCUCCAGCAGGCUCAGGCCUUGGGUGUUCCUCUCACCCUGGAGCAGGCACAGGCAUUGGGAGUCUCCAUCACCCCAGAAAAUGCCUGGGUGUCAGCUGUCAUUCUUAGCCCUGAGCAAACCCAGGCUUUGGAGUCCCCUAUCACCUUAGAACAGGCUCAAGCAUUGGGAGUUUCUCUUCCACAAGAACAGUUCUUGAAAUCAGGGAUCCCUCUCACCUUAGAUAAAGCCAGUACCUUGCAAUCUCCCCUUUCCCUUGAGCAAGGCCAGCCUCUGAGUCAUGCCACAUCGGCUCCUUCUACUCAAAGGCCAUUCCAGAAAACGCAGGCUUCUCUCUCCACUGGGCAAUCCAUUACCUCAAGAUUACCUCCAAGCCUUAGGCAGCCCCUGGCAUCAUCUGCUCCUAUGGCUGAGAAGUCCUCUGUAUUUGGGGUCUCUUCAACUCCUUUGCCAAUAUCAAGGCCUCCUCUCCGCCAAGGGCCCUUUGUCGCUGGGAAGUCCCCAGAAAUGGGAAUUCAGCUCCCAGCACCACAGAUUCAUCCUUCCUCUAGAAAGACCCUGGUAUGUAGAGGUCGAUCCACUCUUAGGCAGCUCUUAGCACCAGAAGUCCCUUCUACCUCUGGGCAGCUCCCAAUAUCUAGGGCUCUUCCCACUCCAGAGCAGCCUCUUAUAUCUGAAGUCCCACCCACUUCUGGACAGAUUCCGAGUCUCUGGGCUCCUCUCUUUUCUGGGCAGCCCUUGGUUCCUGUGGUCUCUUCCAUCCCCAGGGAGCUUCUGGAAUCUGAGCAGCCCCAGGCAUUUCAGCCUCCUGCCAUCCCUGGGCAAUCUCCCCACCUACAGGCCCCCUUUACCCUUGGGCAGCAUCAGGCACCAUGGAUCCUUCCUGGGCAAGCUUCCCCAUUAUUGAUCCCUCCAACCCCAAAGCAUCCCCCCACGCUCUGGACCCUAGAAGGUUUAUCUUCUUCUGUUGCUAGGAAAAGAUUGGCAAUUAUUUCUUCUCUGAAAUCUAAACCAGCAUGGGUCCAUCCCGGUGCUCCAGAUUUCCAGGUAUCUCAAGUUCCAUUAAAACAACUUAGAACAUUUCAGUCCUAUCUUGCCAAUUACAGGACACUAGGAUCACAAACCCCUUACAGCGAUGAGGGGGCCCUUCCCACUCUUAUGAAGUCUCGAACAUCAUUGCCUUUUCUUACUAUUCAACCACUCAAAACAUCACAGAUCUCACCUUCUGAAUGGGAUCAGAAAUCCCGAUUCCCCCCUAUAGACAGGAGCUGGAUACCAACUUCAGUUUCAGGUACCAAGAAACCCAAGAUGAUGAUAUCCCCUGCCUCUCCCCAAGAGCUUGAAGAGAAGAGGUAUUUUGUUGAUGUGGAGGCUCAGAGGAAGAACCUGAUACUGUUAAAUCAGGCCACAAAAACUUCGGGACUCCCUUCACAGCUUCACACAACAGCUAAGAAUCUCAUAAUUGAGACACUUCAUGUGGACAUGGUUCGGCUGGGAUACCUUUUCCGCAAGUACAUUGCCUAUAGGCUGAUCCAGCGUGCCAGGUAG